UCUGCAACUUACUGCUUAUCAAGACGGAGUGGUCGCUGUACAGCGUUUACCUUCUCGCUGUGUUCAUUCCAUUGGGCCCUUGUGGUGCGGGGCCGAGAAGAUACGUACGGCCGACGAAGCUUCUUAGACGGCAGCUUCGCUCAUGAGAAUGGCUCCCAGUCACGGUUUCUCGCAAGCGCACCACAAAGCCUCAGCUGCAUGACCGACUUGAGACGGAGCUUACUAUGCGGUGUCCGCUUGGCGAAAGCAUCAAGCGAUGCACCGCUGUCGCUUUACGCACUAUGCCUGUCUAUCUGGACCGCAGCACAUGCGGACGCUGGAUUCGUCACAGUGGGCCGUCGCAUCUCACCAGCAUAUUGGUACGGAUGGUUUGUCGCCGCGUUUGGGAGCGUGAUGCUCUAG